CAGCCAGCCAGCCAGGAAGUCAGUCGGUCAGGGACCAGACUGAUGUCUGUCUGUUUCGUUUUUGCCGCCUGUGUGUUUUGUCUAUAAAGUGAGCAGACGGACGCCAAGGUGCAUGUCAGUACCUAGCUGUGUACCAGGCAGGCAGGUUUGUGUGAGUGAGUGUGAGACUUGCUGGCUGUCCGGCCACACCUGACGACUCCGCUACUACGUUAGAUCUACGUCUGGCGCAAAUGGACGGAGGCGUGUAUGUACGUGUGGUGCACUCCAGCACCCGUUUAUGCACCAGAGCAGCUGCCACAGGUCCAUCCAUCUGCAUGCAGACUGGGGGCGCCCCCAGGGAGUACAGUGAGACGCGGGUGUCACGAUGAGUGAGGCGUCAGAGCCGACUCUGCCGAAGAGUGGCGCCAUGGCUGAGGUGUGGCAGUUCGAGAAGACCGACAAGUGGCGGAUGGACAUCCAGAAGCUCUCCAAAAAGACCCAGCUCAAGAAGGCCAAGGCCCCGGACGAGGUGUCGUUCUCCUUCCCUCAGGUAUGUAGGACAAGUGAGGACACAACAAAACCAUGGUGUACUGUAUUUCCGACAUGAUCCCUGGAUGCAGUUCUUCAUCGACCUCAUUGGGCACGUUCUUUUCUACCAUCUCGCGUUGCUGUCGCUCCCUGUUCUAUACUGGCUGUACGGGGGCCCAAAAGGAGGGUACUUUGCGAUGAGGAAUCGGCUGUUCCUCGGCUAUGAUGCCAACUCAAUCAACCAGCUGCUGCAGGCGUCAGUGAGAUCUACUUACGCCAUACAGACAGACAGACAGACCGACAAGUGCGGCUGUUGCAAGUACGUUGUGUGUGUGCCUCUGUGCCUGCAGGUCUCUGUACAUGGUGGCUUUCUACAUAUAA